ACUUGUAUGAGUAUUCCUUGGUUGAAGUUUUUUAUUAUAUAGAACAGCUGUUAUUUUAUCUUUGGACAAUUUAAUUUUAAUUACAAUAGAAGCUUUUUAAAUAAUUAAGUACGUAAUGUCUUCGGUGUUAGUCUCAACUACGUCAUCAAAUUCAAAUAUGUUAGAAAGCACUACAGUUUCCCCGGAAGAAAAGGAUUUAGGAAGUCUUAACAUAAUAAUACCUUUCGCUGUUUUUCUUGGUAUUUUGGUAUUAUCCGCACUGGUUUAUUUAAUGACGAGAAAUCGGAGAAAGUUGUCUCACAUUUACUGUAAGCGAAAAGUAAAGCGUAAUCUAUUAUUAAACGAUGAUAACAUAACAGACAACGAAAUAGACGAUCCAACAAAGUGGCUACUUGCUGGAAAAUUACAUAUUAAUCAACAAAAUUAUCAAACAUAACUCUUAAAACGAAGAAUGGGACGUUGAAAACAACAAUUCCAUUGCAAUAUUUAUGAUUAAGUCAAAAUAAGCAAACAAUAUUUUUAACUAGUCUGACAGUAUUACAAAAGAUU